GGCGGCGGGGGCGCGCAGUGAGAGGUCGGCAGGACGUCUUGGUCGGUAUAACGGGAGGGGAAUGGUGAUCGGUGUGUAGGAUCCGGGGAUCGGGCUGUGCAGAGGAUGAUGUCCCAGAGGAGAGGAGGAUUGGGGAGGAGCGGAUCACCCCGGGUCAGCUGCAGCCGUCUAAGGAAAGUACAAGAGAUCCUCAGGAAAGCCAGUAAGACGGCUCCGGAUGGCAUCCUCUGUAUACUCGGAAUUGACAGCCGGUACAAUGAAGGGUGCAGGGAGCUGGCCAACUAUCUGCUCUUUGACUUGUACAGCCAGAGAUAUGCCGACUUUGAAAGGACCGGCUUCCCUGAAGAAGUCCUGGAUGAUGUCAUCAUCUUCAUAAAGGCCGACAGUGUCCACCUGUACUGCAAUCCUGUGAACUACACCUACCUGCUACCCUAUGUGGGCUGCUGGCGGAACCUUCACUUCCACUGCAUGACCGAGAAUGAGUAUGAAGAUGAAGAAGCUGCUGAAGAAUUUAAGAUUGCGAGUUUUGUGAACAUGGUGCGAGAUGGCAGCCGCAUUGGCAUUCCAUACAGCGCCCAAGGUCACCUGCAGAUGUUCGACAUGUUCAUUGUUGAAAAAUGGCCGAUCGUUCAGGCGUUUGCCUUGGAGGGUAUUGGAGGCGGGAGUUUCUUCACUAUGAAGCACGAGCUGAUGGAUGUGAGCGAGUCUCUGUGGAAGAUCUACAGCGUCAUGGAUCCUUCGUCUCUAGACGCUCUGCUGUCCGAGGAUUUAAUCACAUUCCAGCAUCAGUGGAGCAGCUUCCUGUCCAACUUUGAAACGGAAAUUCCUUUUCUGCUGGAGCUGACUGAGUCUCAGGCAGGAGAGCCGCUCCGAAGCUUCUUCAGUCAUGGGAUGCUCUCCAGCCAUAUUGCAGAUAACGGUCCCUGCAGGCAGCCCUUUGUCCUAUUCGGCAGCCACUCCACCAGAGAGAACCUGAAACCGGGCAGCUUCAUAUUCCCAUCUGAAGGUCAUCUGGUCAGGAACACCGGACUUGGAGGGAGCACCGCCAAACACAUGGUGGCUCAGUGUGUCUCUCCUAAGGGUCCCCUGGCCUGUUCUAGGACUUACUUUUUUGGGAGCACUCACAGUCCUUAUCUGGGAAAGGACAACGAGGCACACAAGAAGAAUGAGCAAAUUCUUGUGUUGUCUCAUGUCUAUGCUGCUGCAGUUGAAGCCGUCCUUGCUGGAAUUGCAAGCUAUGUGAAGUGUUCAAGUCUAACCAAGGCAAAGGAAGUGGCAGAACACAAUUUCGGGAUGUCGCUGGACUCCUUUAAUCUUGUUCAAUUGAGAACGGCUUUGAGGUCCAAAGUCUCAUUUCAGAUUGAAGCUGUGAACAGUCUGGGCAGAACGGUGUCUUUAGACCAUGAAGAUAGCACACAUUUAAUUAAGACUGCCUCCAUGGCGGUGUAUGACAUUCCCGACCUGCAGGGGGCGAGAGGAAAUCUGGGGUCCGUGGUCUUUUCUGAAUCUUUCCUCAAGUCUGAGAUCCAAGUUCGAGACAAAGAUGGAGAGAUCACAUCAGACAAUAGAUAUGUCAUUCUUACUGCUGCUGUUCCCCGUUUUAUCUCCUGGCUGGUUGAGGAGAAUGAAGUAAAACUUUCCGAGAAAGCACUGAAUUCGGUGAAGGAACACGAAUCUUUCCUGGGGAGUUUUCUGUCCGGUGGGGACGAGACCUACAUGUGUUCCAGCAGUCGGCACAUUUCACCCGAGGAAGGUAAACUGUUCUUCUUUUCACACGGCGUCCUAUUUGUUCACCCCACCUAUGGCAGUGUUAGCAUUCCGAGGAGUCACAUGACUUCUGUCAAGUUCUAUGAUGGCGAUUCGAACAGUGUGGUCGCCAUUUUGCUAAUCGAGUAUAAAAGCUCCCUGCUCCCUCACCUGCCUAUUCAUUUCGGUCCCCCCGGCAGCUUCGUCACAUUUGCACUUUUCCCCAAAUCCAAGAGUUACCGGGUUUUCUACUCCCAGGUACUGAAACAUUGGCAGCAGCACUGUGAGGAUUCCGGAGUGUCCCUACAAUUGAUUCAGGAGCACCAGUUCUCCGAGGAGCAAAGAAAAAUUUACUUGAUCAUGCAGAAUCUGUACGAAACUUUAUCCUUUCCUACCACAGAAAGAUGGAGUCUGAGGAAGAAGAUAUCGGCUAACCUGCCAGAUCUGGAAAGCUUUUUCCAGCACCUUGCAGUGAGCAGUGUGGGCUGUGAGCCGGUGCCAAGGGUACAUCUACCAGCAUUGCUGCAGCAUCCUGAGACCAUCACCGGGAGCCAAGCACAGAAUGAUAAGGUUGCCAUUACUAUUAUCACCGGUCUGCCUGGUAGUCACUGCAAUGACCUUUGCGAUUUUCUUGUGUCCUUCCAAAAAGAGUACGGGAGGUGGAUGGUGUAUCGGCAGCCUAGUGACGGCGCGGAGGAGUUCAGCACGGCACAGUUUCAGAGAUUCCUCUCCAGUGUGCUGGAAGCACAGCGCAAUCGCAGCGUCCGUCAGGCUGUGUAUUCCCGGAAGAAGAUGAGACUUCUCGUUGUCUUAGAGGGAUACGUGGAUGUCAUUGAUGUAGUGCAGACCAUCCAAACGCACGCCGAUCCCCUGGUCAGGUCCUCCUUUGUCAUUGGAGCAAUCACUGCUUGUGUGGAUCCUCUGAGCUUCACCAUGGAACACAGGUUUUAUUUCCCCAAGUUCCUGGAACAGUGUGCACAAGGGAUUGUGGGCGCUAUAGCGCUAACCAGGCUGACCUGUGAGCAGAGACACCCGUCCCUGGUCCUCCUGCAGAAACUACUGCGGACGGUGAAUCCUGGCACUGCCUUCAUCUUGGCUGAGAAAGGUGUGAUCACCAGAAACGAGGACAUUGAGCUGGUCCUUUCUGAAAGCAGCUUUUCAAACCCUCAAAUGUUGAGAACUCGAUAUUUGAUGUACCCGGGCUGGUAUGACGGUCGGUAUUUAGCGGGACCUCUGUCCCCGAAGAUGGAUCGUAUCAGUGUGUGGUUCAGCCAACCGCUGGAAAAGGCUCGAUUCAUGACCAGAUGUAAAGCCAUAAAGUCCUCCAUUAAACCUUUCCCCUUCCGUGGUAACAUUUACCAUAUAGUUGGGAGAGUCAAGUUUCCAGAUUCUGAGCAGAUGGUGGAAGUUUGUCAUCACACACUGAGCAACUCGCUAAGACUUCUCCCAACGGAGGAAGGACCAGCCCCUCCCCCAGACCCAAGACACGAUGUGCGAGAGAACAGCAUACACCACCACUGCGUCCUUGUCUUCACGGGCUGCUCCCUGAAAGAGGAGGAGGUGAAGGACUGGCUGCGAGAAUGCGCCAAGCAGAAACCCGAGAAGAAGCCUUUAAGAACAAGACGGUCCCUAACUGUUCAGGAAAUCCGGAGUAUUCAUGCAAAACGUCACUUGGAUCCUCUUCCAGAUGGAUAUUUCUACAACGGAACUCAGUUUGUGAACUUUCUGGGAGAAAAAAAUGAUUAUCACCCAUUGAUGGACCAGUUUAUAUAUGAUUACGUGAAUGAGGUAAAUAAGGAGAUUGAGAAAUACAACAGAGAAUUGGAGCAGCAGGAAUAUUACGACAUCUUUGGACAGAAGCUGUGAGAGGUCUGCCGUCUGCUUGAUGUAGUGUUCCACAUUACACGCCAUUAGCAUAAUUACCGCGCAGCCCAAAGCACCAUCUGGGAGAAGCAUUUUCUAACCUGUUUCAGAUGUGAUUAUGCUUCAUUUUCUCCGGGUUUUAUAAAUGAGUUUGCACCUUA